AUUUAUUUAUAAUGGCUACUAAGAAAUCUGAUGCCUGUCCCUUUAUGUUUGCUGGCCAAGAAGUAAGCAUAUCACAGCAACAAAGUCAAAAAAAUGAAAAAGGAUGCCCAUUUACAAGCAACUCAGACGAUGAUAUUAAGGACAUGAUGUCUCAAAAUCUAGGCGAAAACUCUCUAGGAAGUGAAGUAAAAUUAAGCUCUCUUAACUAUUUCUUGCCGGAAACUCAGAUUAAAAGAAAUCAUGAGUAUCUUUUGGACCCUCAACUUGCUUCCGCUAUGAAGGAAGGUACCAAAAUUGUUCAUUCUGCUGCUGAGAAUAGUGCUUUUACAAAGCGCUUUUUGAGUGGUAAUAUCAACAAAGAUGAAUACGGUAGAUAUAUCAAUUCUCUUUAUUUUGUUUACAAAACAAUGGAAGAACUAUUGGCACAGCAUAAAGACAAUCCCUCAAUAAAGAUGGUUUAUUUCCCCUGUGAGCUCAACCGUGAGCAAGCAUUAAUCAAAGACCUUGAGUACUACUAUGGUAAAGAACGUGUUGCUGACUUGAUUGAUUUCAAGCACACUACUCCUGCUGUCAAGAACUAUAUAGCUUCAUUAAAACAUGCUGCUGAAAGAGACCCUGCUCUAUUGAUUGCCCAUAGUUAUUCUCGUUAUUUAGGUGAUCUUAGUGGCGGUCAAAUUCUAGCCAAGCGCUUAAAAAAAUAUGUUCUCAAGAUCGAUGUUACUGAUGCUGCAUGGGACUCUUAUGAAGGUCUCAAGUUCUAUAAUUUUGAUCACAUUGGUAGUCAGCUCGAGUUUAAAAAUUUGUAUCGUCAACGCUUAGACUGUGCUCAUGUCACACAGUACUUGAAAGAUUUAAUUGUUACCGAGGCUAUUCGUUCUUUUGAACUAAAUAUUUCCCUGUUUAAUGAAAUUCAAGAGCUCUCAGAAGCACAUCAAUUAAACCCUACUUUAUCUGAUACCGAAUCUGUGGAAGAAAAUCAUGAAUACAAGCUUCCUGGUAUCAAUACAGACUGGUUGGUUGGCUUUUUUACAGGUACACUUACCUUGGUCGUUGGUCUUUCAUUGUAUCAUCGCUUUUCUUACAAGUAACUUUAAUUAUGAAAUGCAGAUACAUCGGUAUUUGAAUACAGCUUACUUUACCAAAUAAAAAAACUUUGCUCUUUCUUACG